AGCAGGUUAGGAUGAGGUGGCUGGUGACUGGCGCUCGAGAGCCUUUUAACGGAUCUGUAACGGACCGAAGGGUAAUAGAGAGAAUGGAGCAGAGAGAGGGAAGUCUGUCUUUUUAAACAAUAAUUCCUUGUUCGGCAACCAUCCCGAGGCAGGCUUCUUUCAGCUAUGACUAGGUAUGAUCAGUCGCAACAGUGAGAACAGGAUUAGCAGCAGGUAACUCUGUAUCCUACAAGGAAAUAUGCCAUUAGUAAAGAGGAACAUUGAACCCAGGCAUCUUUGUCAUGGUGCUUUACCUGACGGAAUUAGCAAUGAACUGGAAUGUGUCACAAACAAUACUCUAGCAGCCAUCAUUCGUCAACUCAGUAGUCUCAGCAAACAUGCAGAGGAUAUAUUUGGUGAGCUGUUUAAUGAAGCUAACAACUUCCAUAUCCGAGCAAACUCUCUCCAAGAUAGAAUUGAUCGUUUGGCUGUCAAAGUUACUCAACUGGACUCCACAGUGGAAGAAGUUUCUUUGCAGGAUAUUAACAUGAGGAAAGCUUUCAAGAGUUCUACAAUACAAGAUCAACAGGUUGUUUCAAAGAGUUCAACUCCAAACCCAGUGUUGGAAAUGUAUACGCAGAGUGAUAAACCACCUCCAUUAGACAUCCUUUCAGCAUACAGAGAUGAUAAAAAGGAUGGACUUAAGUUUUACACAGAUCCAUCUUACUUUUUUGACUUGUGGAAAGAGAAGAUGUUGCAGGAUACUGAGGAUAAGAGAAAAGAGAAAAGAAGACAAAAGAGAGAGAAACAUAAGUUGAAUUCAAACAGAAACCAUCAAGUUAAUGUGAGAAAAGUCAGAACAAGAAAAGAAGAAUGGGAGAGAAUGAAAAUGGGCAAAGAGUUCAUGACUGACGCAAAGGAACUGGAGCAGGCCGAGGGCACGAAAGAAGAGAAAAUGCUUAAAGGAUCUCAUGGAUCAGAUCUUACAGAUUACUCAUAUCCUGUUACCCCCAAUCAUGUUCAUCCUUCACUGCAGCAGCAGCAGCAGAUGUCAGUAACAUACAUAUCUAGUGAUAAUCAGCAGCAAAUGGGUACUGGUAAUCAGGUCCAGGAACAUGACUACAAAUCCUCUGCAACGGGAUUCAAACAUGGUACUCUAAACAGGCCUCAACAACCUCCACCACCUCCGCCAUCAACUACUGUAAAUGGUGGUGCCCCACCUCCACCGCCACCACCACCACAACAGCAACAACCACCAUUGGAAUACAGCAUGCAACCUUCUCAGAUGAUGGAAUUCUAUACUUCUGGUCCUCCUCUGCCUUCCGCUGGUGCAGUAAUUCCUUCAGCACAAACUGCUUUUGUCAGUCCUGUCCAAGUGCCUACUCCUCCAGCUUCCCAUCCUGCAUUAAUGAUGGGGGUUGCAUAUACCUCUUCCCCAACUCUAUCUGGAGCAAUUCCUCAAUCUGGUUCCCCUGGACCACCACCACCACCUCCACCUCCAGCUCCACCAGCACCACCUUCUUCCCUUGCUUCUUCACCAAUGCACUGUCAGCUUGUCGUUGAAAACAAACGGCAUGAAUCAGCAGGCACACCUCUGAAUGAUGCCAGAAGUGACCUCCUUGCUGCUAUUCGUAUGGGUAUUCAACUGAAAAAGGUUCAAGAGCAACGUGAGCAAGAAGCUAAGCGAGAGCCAGUUGGGAAUGAUGUAGCAACUAUUCUAUCAAGACGUAUUGCUGUGGAAUAUAGUGAUUCUGAUGAUGAUUCAGAGCUUGAUGAAAAUGAUUGGUCAGACUAACUUUGCUUCAGUGAUGCUAACAUUUGAAAAUGAAGUCAAAAACUAAUAUGGAAUAUAUCUGAAACAGUUCCUUUACAAUGAUUUUAAAUUGAUUUUAGAUGAAAUAUCUGAAGCUGUUACAAAAGUUAAAAUGAUAUUUAAGGAAGUUAAACAUAUUGAAUUAUAUAAAUACACUUUCCAAGAAUAUUACUGCUUAUUCAUUUAAGUGUUGUGGAAAUAUAACUUUUCAUUUACAAAAAAACGUGCAAUGUAAAAGAUUAAGUUGAUAUCUAGUGCAAAUUAAUAUGCCACUUCAUUUUUGGAAUCACUGUUAUUGGAAGUACAUUAUUAACCUAUUAAGUAUUUUGACUCAGUGAUCAUGAAAGUGAAAGUGUCUUUCCUUUUGGCUAACUGGUUGUCUUGAACUGUGAACAAUCUCAUCAAAAUGCUUAAAUAUCCUCCAAACUAAACCCUUAAGAAAUGAUCAUUUAUAAAGUUUUUGUUUUCAUGACAUGAAAUGGACAGUAUCUGUAGGAAUAAACCUUGCUUAUCUCAACUCAGAGAAUUUUAGUAAAGGUAGGAUAAAAUUGUCAUUAUCUUUACCUGACCACAGGCAUUGAUUGAAAGAUGACUGGUGGUGGUUUAACCUGAGGGCCAUCACGCAUCAGGCAAGGGGAGAAAUUGAAAAUCCUUCAUAGUAACCUCAGCCAGUGAAGGAAUUGAACCAACUUCCCCAGCUGCCCAACAUAAAUAUUUACCAGUGCUUAGGAUAGUCUCAGCAUGGUAGGCUAUCAUGUUUUAUGAAAAUUGUGGUUUUGUGGGCUUAUUUGGUGCUAAAUGAGAAUCAUUUGCUAAUGUUGAGUUUACCCCACUGAUCCAAUCAAUGAAAUAGCCUUGCUUGUGAAUUAUCACCUGAGCCUUGGAAUUCAAUGGAUGUGCUGGUUCAGGUAUUGGGAACAGUGAUACUUUAUGAAAUUUCAUUUCUCAUCCACAGUGAUAUCAUCUCAGACUCAGAAACCCAACCUGUUAAUUUUUACCCAAGAAGGAUAUUCAUUAACUGAACAGGAAAUAAUAGUUAAUUAAUCCUGGUAAUUGUCAUCCAUGUUAUGUAAACUUAGAAAAUGAAAACUGCAAAACAGCUAAAUAUGAAAUUAAGCCACAGUUAAGACAUACAGCUUAAUUAGUUUUUGAAUAUACCAGUUUAUUUUGAGAUGAAAAUUGAAGUAUUACCCAUAUAAAUUCAUAAGUUGAAAUAAGUUGUAACUGAAAACUGCAUAGAAGUGUUAGACUGUUCUGAGAAUGUUUAGUAUUUCUAUGAAGUAGUCAGCAGAUAUAUUGCAGACAGCUCAAUUUAUUUUCUAUCCUGUAUACGUUACCAUAGAUAUAUUUGUAACUAGUUCAAGUAAUCACAUGUAUUUGGUAUUAUUUGUUUUAAUAUUUUUGUAGUAAUACUCAAAAUUAUGUAAAAGAAUAACUGUGCAACAUAGCUCAUGCUUGAUUUGUUUCGUACUGGAUUUUCCUU